AUGGUGUUAGACGGGGUGGUAGAUGCAUUAAGCUGGUACUCUGGCGAGAUGUCGACAUCAUUGCGUGACGCAGAUCGUGUAUUUGACAGUUUCUUCCGCUAUUGUCAUCAGGCAGGCCAGCCGAGGUGUGCCUUUGCCAGCCCAUCUGCUGACGGAGAAGACAAUAUAAACGCAAUAAGCGAACUCCAGCAGCGCUUCACGAAUAUACUGUCUGAUCUGAAAGCGUCCCCCCUCUGGACCACUCAUCCAAACCCAGACAUAAUCACCUAUUCCGACGUGAGACGUCUCCUAAGACUUGCCUUGUACGCGCCGAUCGACCUUUUCCCCACUCUCGCUAUCAUCCUAGCAGAUCUCGAACAACGGAACGCAACGAGCAUGGCUGAAUGGAAAACCAUGCUACGCGAGGAAAUGCAGCCAGCUCACUGCCUUAGCUCAGAAUGUCAGUCUGAUGCUCCGUGUCGUGAGGCAUGCCAAUACUCGUACCGCGUAGAAGUGACUGCUGGUACCGUAUGUUUGGACCUAAAUCAGAAGCUACUGAAUGCCACCCGCGAGGAAUACUGGGAUGAGUAUCUUCGGCCUUCCAUUGAGAGCAGCCAUUGGAUGGGGGACACGUUUGCAGAUUUCUUAAUGCCGUGUGCUAGAUGGAAUGGUCGAGGACCAGGGGAUUUCAAAGGACCUACAGGGGCUCAGGAUAUGUCCACACCUGUACUAUUCGUCAGUAAUACUCUGGAUCCAGUGACUCCUCUGGGCGAUGCCCAUGCUAUGUCCGCUUUGUUUGAAAAGUCUGUUGUAUUAGAGCAGCAUGCUGAAGGUCAUUGUUCCUUCGCUUCGCGUUCGGGGUGUACAGAUGAUCAUAUCCGAGCGUACUUUCAGACUGGGGAGCUUCCGGCACCAGGCACGCGUUGUGAGACAGAUAUACGUCCCUUUGGGGUCGAGGACGUGCUAGAUGGAACCUCCCCAGUGGAGCUAGAGAGGACGGAGCUGUGA